AUGAUUGCUCCGAUUGUCAUCACCUUGCUGUGUUUCUGCUCGCUACACCCUACUUUUGGACAGGACUGCCCUGGUAGACAGGAAUUGCAUGGCUCUCUGAAGCAAGUCCAGAAACUUCUCUCAGCCCAUGAAGCCACAUACAUGCAGAGCCUUCGCAACCUGAAAAAGAAAAUAAACCUGUUGCAGAGCAGUGCUGGAAAGCAGAGUACAAGAGCCACCAACAGUACCUGCCCCAAACUUGACGUGCCAAUCAAUGGGAGGAAGCUUGGCAAGUCCCACAGCGUAGGUCAUGAGGUUCACGUUCUGUGUGACCCUGGCUAUGAACUUGUGGGAUCUGAGAGCCGGUUUUGUCAGGAGAGCCUGAGCUGGAGCGGCCACCAGGCUACCUGCCGGGACAUCAAUGAGUGUGCGUCGUCUCCGUGCCUGAACGCUGGGACUUGUGUGGAUGAGGUGAACCAGUUCUCUUGUAUCUGUGCCAAAGGCUGGACCGGAGCUACUUGUCAGAGCCCUCUGCCAACAUUCUUUGUCACCAUGACAAACACCUCUGCCGCCACCUCCCCAUCCACCGCUGCUGCUGUUACCCUGCCUGCUGCCACCACUGGGCCCUUUGUUCGUCCAUCACGUUGCAGCAUAAUACAGGGGACCACCCACUGCACCUGUGAGGCAGGAUACACCAUCUCUGGCAGGGACAGCAACACCUGCACUGAUAUAGAUGAAUGUGAGCUGUUCCAUAAUGGUCAGGCUGGCAAACUGUGUUUACACUCUUGUGUUAACACUGCUGGAGGCUACCGCUGUACCUGCCCUGUCGGAUACAAUGGGACCCGCGAUGGACGCAGCUGUAAAGACAUUGAUGAGUGUGCCACCAGACAAAACAACUGCACAAAGGAUCAGAUGUGCAUUAACACGUAUGGUGGCUUCCAGUGUGUACGUGUGGACUGCCCAAAAAUCCCUCAUGCAACAUAUGUCAAGACGUCCCCUAUGCGUUGUGAACGUAACCCCUGUGCUCUGGACAACAAGGCAUGUUCUCAGACACCAAACUCCUUCUCCUACCAUUACCUGGCUGUUGUGUCCAACCUGUCGGCUCCUCGCGUCAUGUUCAGGGUCUCAGCAUUACGUCCAAUUGGUGACACGCUUCGCUUCUCCCUGCUGGGGGGAAGGCUAACCCGGCGGCACUUCACAGUCCAGCGAUCAGACCGAUUGACGGGUCAGCUGAUGCUGGUGAGCCCCGUGCAGGGCCCUGCCACGCUGGAGGCGGACGUUGAGAUGAGCGAGCUGGAGAGACGAGUCCAGCUGGGGAGGUACAUCACCAAAGUCACAAUGUUUGUUUCCCAGUAUGAGUUUUAAAAAGAUAGGGAAGAACCUGUAAUCACGCUAAGAGCACAAAGGCCAAACAAAAGCAUUGUUUGGAUUGGGCCAAGGACUCUUUAUUGGAUGGUGAAUAUCUAGUGUGCUGUUGCUGAUCUGAAACAUAUUUAUUGCACAAAUAAAGACAUGAGAGUAUGAUUUGUAAAAGGUUAAUUACAUGAUGUACUGUAGCAAACAGUUAAAAAUCAUUAGACUCAGUCCAACCUGAAGGAAAGUGCUAUAUUUGCCAAAGAAAGUUCUGCUAUGUUGAAAUUAAUGUUAAGUAUGCUGGAUAUGUAUUGAUGACGUGUGAAGAUUUUGUAAUUGUAUUUACGAUCAUAUUCUAUUUA